UAAAGGUGAGGCUCUGCUCUCUGUAUGGUGAUUUCUGCAGGAACGGACCUGGAUUUGCAUCCAAUCAGGUGAGGCGCUGGCAGCCAUGCAGGAGAUAAUCGCUGGGUUUGAGAAGUUCACCUUUGACCUGGAGAAGGAUGUGGACGGUCAGAGGGGAUCCUUUGUGCUACCCUUCCCCGGCAUGGACAAGUCCGGGGCGGCCGUCUGUAGCUUCUUCAGUCGGGGAUUAUGCCGAAAAGGUGCCAUGUGCCCGUUUCGUCACCUGACCGGGGAGAAGACGGUGGUCUGCAAACACUGGCUGAGGGGACUGUGCAAGAAGGGGGACCAGUGCGAGUUCCUCCACGAGUACGACAUGGACCGCAUGCCCGAGUGCUACUUCUACUCCAAGUUCGGGGAAUGCAGCAACAAGGACUGUCCCUUCCUGCACAUCGAUCCGGCCUCUAAAAUCAAAGACUGCCCGUGGUACGACCGAGGAUUCUGCAAACACGGCCCGGCAUGUAAACACCGACAUACCCGCAGAGUGAUGUGCAUCAACUAUCUGGUCGGCUUCUGUCCGGAGGGCCCCCGAUGUAAAUAUGUCCACCCUAAAGCCGAUUUGGUUCUUUGCAGUCCUGACCAUCCGAAGAAUGCCGCGGCUCCGAUGAGACUGCCGGUGUCCUCCCUCCCGUGUGACCCGGAGCCCAUGUCCAAUCACAAGCACCUGGUCAUGGACCUCCCCCACCUCUCACACCUGACCGUCAUCAGCAUGAUGCAGGAACGAUUCCGCAAGAUGCAGGAGAACCCCUGCGGGGGCCUGAGGCCCCUGGAGCAAGUCACAUGUUUUAAGUGUGGCGAUAAAGGUCACUAUGCCAACAAGUGCCUCAAAGGUCGUUACGCCUUACUGAUAAGGAAGUGAAGAGGUAACCCGGAAUUCGCCAGUUCCGAAUCCACCAUUUGCUGACGGACUUCUCUCGUCUUUUUGGGGUAAAAAGGUAGCAGCACCGGAAUGGACAGAUCCAUAGACACGUCACACCUGUAUGGACACCAGAAACCAAUCUGCACCCCUUAUGUAUGUAUAUUAUCUCUUCUAAGCAGCCCGCUUCUCCAGUCUGAACCCCAAAACCAGGAGGAGGAGGAGGAGGAAGGACCGUCCAAUCACAGAUCACCAAAUUCUAUAUCUUUAUCAAAAUAAAUAAUAAU